AUGACCACUCAACUGGUAGAUAGCUCCAAUCAAUUGUGGAAGAAAGUAUGGACACAGCGAGGGCUCGAUGAUGAUUAUUUCAGACAAAUCAGAGUUCCGGAUCAUGUUUCUCUUCCAAUCUUAUAUGUACUUAUCAAGACUCACAAGAAUUCUCCAGCAUGUUUCAGAAACACCAUCCCUCUGGAACAGGUGAAAGUACGACCCAUUAUCAGCUGUGUUGACUCACCCACAGAGAGAUUGAGCUGGCUGGUGACAACCAUCCUCAAACCAUUACUGAAGGAAAUACCCAGUCACCUUGGUAAUCUCUUUGAACAUCUGGAAACUCUUCGUGCAAUUCCGAAAGAACAGCUAGCUGGCAGGAGAAUCUUCUCGGCGGACAUUUCAGCACUUUAUACCAACAUAAAUGUCCAAGGUUGUAUUGAUGACGUUAUAGAACUGGCCACUGAGCACCGGGAAAAACUUGAUCUCAUGGGUCUGAACCUGACUGAUGUUCACGAGAUCCUAUUGCACAUCCUGACUAGUUCAUACUUUGUGUAUAAUGGGACUCUGUGGAUACAGCAGGAUGGCCUUUUCAUGGGAAUGAGACCGGGACCAUUUUGCGCAGUGAUCAGAGUGUACAAGUUUGAGAGAAGCUCGGUUUACACUGACUUACAUUACUUGUCGGUCUACUUAUCUGACUUCUACAAGCGGUACAUUGACGACGCCACCAGCACAGCUGUAACAAGAGAAGAAGCUCUAGCACUUGUUCAGAGUAUCGCAGACCAGGACCCUGACAAGAAACUCAAGUGGGAGGUAGAGUUUCCGGAGAACGACCAAGAGUUCAUCCCAUUCCUUAACACAGAGCUUAGAGUGGAACCUGAUGGAACUGUGACGAGCCGCUUGUACCGUAAGCCACAGCAGAAAGACAUCACACUUCACAAGAAUUCAUGUCGCCCAGAAUCUGUGAAGACGAACACCGUGAUCAACCUGUAUAAAGAAGCGGACAAGAUCUCCUAG